ACGAAAUGGAGGUUUCUUUAGACGUACAGGAAAUCCCUCGUUUAUCCAUCCAGUGGGAUUGGAAAGACGCUUUUAGAAAUGGUGAGAAAGCAUGGAUAGCUUGUUCAUGUCUAGGUAAACCAUCAAUAUAUGGGGAACUAAAGUAUCAGGAAGAUGAAAGCCAAUCUGUCCAGGCUACAGAAAGAUUCCAAGUUCUUUCACUGGAUAAUAAUUCAAUCACAGUUUGCCAUCCUGACGUAAACUAUACUACUAGUUUAAUCUCUCCUUCAAAAGUCUUCACUGGAAUUCACAAAAAAUGUAUUAGAUUCAUAGACAUCUCUCCUGGAGGUGGGUUAUGUGUGACGUCAAGUGAUGAUGAAGAAUUAACAGUGUGGAAUACCAGUGAUGGGACAAAGAGGUGUAAUUUAAGCAGUCACAUCUCUGAUGUCAACUGUUGCAAAUUCUUUCCAUCUGGUGAAGUAGUAGCAAGUGGUGGAGCUGAUAUGACUAUCAGAAUAUGGUCUGCUAUUGAUGGCACAUGUCCAGUGACAAUGAAAGGACACAGGGGAGGGGUGACAGAUAUUGCUAUUGUUGACAAAGGAAGAAACAUUGUCUCAUGUUCCAGGGAUGGUACAGCGAGGUUGUGGGACUGUGGAGAAUCUAGAUGUCUUGCUGUUCUGGCAUCUUGUAGCUGUCCAAUCAAUGGAUGUGCGCUUGGCUCAGCUCAAAAUGUAGAUUUAGGAAAUGCAAGGAAAAUCAAUAGAUGUGAGAGAGAGGUUGGUACAGAAGGGAAGCUAUUAUUGCUGGCUAGAGAAGAUGGCAUUCUUUCAGGUGUAGGACUGCACUCACGUCACAUGGUUUUUGAAUUCAAAAGUCUCUCAGCAUUUAACUGCUGUGCAUUUUUAUCUGAAUAUGAAGUUUGUGGAGGAACAGAGGAUGGAAAAUUAUGGAUAUUAGAUGUCAGAAAUCCAGGUUCUCCCCUGGCAGUUGUUCAGCAUUCAAAAUCACCAUUAUUACACAUCCUCCCAUUUGGCAAUGGUGGCUUUCUUGCAUCUUCUGGUGACGGAACAUGUUUCUACAGAGAUGUCAAUCAAUCUCGACAAGACAGAAAAACUUCUACCUGGGAGCUGAUUGGCCCAAAUUGCGACCCAGUAUACAGAAUAUGUCGCCAUGGCAACACAGUAUAUACAGUAUGUAGAGAUGCUUGUAUAAGGAAGUAUAUGUUAAGUAGUAAUGUUUGUAGUAAUGUAUAGCUUUGUAUUGUCACCUUUAGUGAAUCAUUAAAAUGAUCAAGAGUAAA